GCCUUCGCACGAGGACUCCAUUUUGUAAUACAAUGUGUAAUUAAUUGUGCAGGCUCCGUAAUAUCACGACCAGCGUUUUAUUCACGAUGAUUUCGAAUUACAUUGGAAGGUUACUGCUCAGAAAUCUUGAUUCCUUUAAGUGUAAUGUUUAUAAUAUGUCGCAGAUAUCCAAUGUUCCUUCCAAAGAAGCACUUGGAAAGCAUAUGAAAGUACAGGGUUGGGUUCGAUCAGUCAGAAAAAUGAAAGGUAUAAUAUUUAUGGACGUUUCCGAUGGAUUAACACCGAACGUGUUGCAAGUCGUUAUUCCGAAAUCAGACAAACUGGCUAAGAUAAGUUAUGGCUGUAGCGUCACAGCGGAAGGAGAAUUGGUAUUGGCUCCAAAUGGUAGUAGCGAAUUGCACGCCAGCAAUGUUACAGUAAUCGGUGAAUGCGAUGUUAUGGAUGGAUAUCCUUUUGCUCCAAGGAAAACAUACGUUGAUACAUAUAUUAGACAAUAUUUACACUUUAGACCAAGAACUAAAACUUUUUCCAGUAUACUCCGAUUGCGAGAUCUAAUGUCUCAAGGCGUUGGAAGCUAUUUUAAGGAUAGAGCUUUUAUUAAUGUACAUACUCCAGUUUUAACAUCGAACGACUGUGAAGGUGCUGGCGAAUUAUUUCUAGUAAAACCGUAUUCUGCAGAUAUAAUAAAAAGUAUGAAAAGGGACGGUGUUUCGGAAGAAGAAACUUAUUUCAAUGCUAAAACUUUUUUAACCGUGUCUGGCCAACUGCAUUUAGAAGUUGUUGCAAGAGCUCUUACAAGGGUGUAUACUUUUGGACCAACCUUCAGAGCUGAAAAUUCUAAGUCAAGAUUGCAUUUGUCCGAGUUUUAUAUGGUAGAGGCUGAAAUUGCAUUUAUCGAUAGUCUUGAUGAUUUAAUGGAUGAAGUAGAAUUACUAAUCAAAUAUAUCACCAGAGAUGUACUUGAAAGAGGAGCGUGCGAUAUGAAUGUACUUGGUAUACAGGAACCAAUGUGGUUGAAUCAAAAGUUUACACGUAUAACGUACGACGAUGCAGUUAAGAUAUUAGAGAGUAACCAUGAGAAAUUAAACAUACCUGUUACAUAUGGAGAACCAUUUACCAAAGAACAGGAAUUAUUUUUAGUAGAGCAGAACAAUAAUAUCCCUAUAUUUGUUAUGAAUUGGCCAAAAGAACGUAAGCCUUUUUACAUGAAAGAAUGUAAAGACGAUGCCUCAAAGGUUGCCGCUAUGGAUCUAUUAGUGCCUCUAGUAGGGGAAUUAGUAGGAGGGAGUUUGCGUGAAGACGAUUACAAAAAGUUACAGUCAAAACUACCUACAACAUCUGAUCUUUCUUGGUAUUUAGAACUUCGUAAACACGGCAAUGUUCCAACAGGAGGGUUCGGGUUGGGGUUUGAGAGAUUGAUGCAAUGUGUUUUGGGCAUAUCUAAUAUUAAGGAUACGCUACCAUUUCCCAGAUGGCCUCACAAUUGCAAUCUAUGAAUAAAGAUUUCAGAAAUGCUGCGUACUUGAUUCUUCCCGAACAUAAUAGCUAUUAUACGCUAUUUAAGUAAAAAAAAAUAAAGCACCAUUUUAGAAAAAGAGUAAA